UGGCGAAUGAGAGCAGGUGUGUGGGCGUGUUUAGUCCGAGGUUGGGCGUGCCAAGCACGCGGUGUGUAUCCGGGGUUAGGGCACGCACGUGCUUCGUCUUGUUGCAGAAAGAAGCAGGCGGCGCGUGCAGUGCAGAGAGUGAGCUCGAGCUGCUGCAGAGUUGUGAUUGGCGUGUCUGCUGGAAGCUUGCUGCACUCUGCUGCUCUGAUCCGUUGGAGACCCACCUGCACUGACUGCUUCUCUUUGGUGGGUCGUGCUGUGAUUUCCUUCACGAAGCCCCCUCUGCUGCCCCAGGCGAUGGAAAGGAUGGAGCCUGAAGGCACCCUGGACAGGGUAGCGGAGAAGCGCCCCUGUCCAGAGGAAGUGAACACCUGCCCAGGGAGCGCCAAAAAACCCAAACUGCAGGAGUCUAAGAACGGGGGGAGUGAGAAGAGAGAGGAGGAGGAGGAGGAAGAGAUGCCUGUGGAGGAGGAGAGCGAGGGAGAGGAGCUGGCAGGGCAAGGACAGGGAGGAGAAAGCUUUGCAGACAUGAUGAAGCACGGACUCACAGAGAAGGAUGUUGGGAUACUGAAGUUCGUCAGCAAACACGAGGGUUUCUCCGGGAUCCUGAAGGAGAGGUACUCAGACUUUGUGGUCCAUGAGAUCAGUAAAGAGGGCACAAUUUUGCAUCUGGACGACCUGUCUGUGCCUGUGGAUUCAGAGGACCCUCCUCUGGAUGUGUCGGAGGUGCUGACUGAGGAGCAGAAAAAGCAGCUGGAGGAUCUGCAGCAUUUCAAGAACAAGGAGGGCACUGUGUCCCUGGAGGUCCUGGAGGACACUAAAGAGAAGCGCACUCUGCUGCACCAGGCAGUGAAGUCUCUGUUCCCAGGGCUGGAGACAAAGACUGAGGAGCGGGAGGGACGCAGGUUCAUUGUGGCCUACCACGCUGCCGGGAAGAAAGCACUGGCAGAGCUCCGAACUGCACCAGCCCCCAGGAAGCACUCGUGGCCCAAGAGCAGAGGGAAUUUCUGCCACUGCACCCUCUACAAGGAGAACAAGGACACCAUGGAGGCCAUCAACGUGCUCUCCAAGUUCCUCAGAAUAAAGCCGAACCUCAUUUCCUACAUGGGAACCAAAGACAAAAGGGCGAUCACCGUCCAGAGGAUUGCUGUGCAAAAGAUCACUGCUCAGAGACUUUCUCACCUCAACACGUGCCUGAUGAACUUCAAGCUAGGGAACUUCUCGUACCAGAAACACCCCUUGAAACUGGGGGAGCUGCAGGGAAACCACUUCACUGUGGUAAUCAGGAAUAUCUCCGGGUCGAAUGAGCAGGUGGAGCAGGCUAUGCUCUCCCUGCGGGAGACGGGAUUCAUCAACUACUACGGCAUGCAGCGUUUCGGGACCACUGCGGUGCCCACCUACCAGGUCGGGAGGGCCAUUCUGCAGGGCAAUUGGAAGGAGGUGAUCGAUUUAAUCCUGAAGCCCCGUCCUGGAGCUGAGAAGGGGUACCUGGUGCAGUGCCGUGAGGAGUGGGCUCGCUCGCAGGACCCCGAGGCUGCGCUCGGGAAGCUGCCGGUGAAGCGCUGUGUGGAGGGGCAGCUGCUGCGUGGACUCUCCAGCUACGGGAAGAACAACAUCAUCGCUGCGUUCGGCAUCAUCCCCAGGAACAACCGCCUGAUGUACAUCCACAGCUACCAGAGCUACAUGUGGAACAACCUGGUGAGCCGGCGCAUUGAGGAGUUUGGGCUGAAGGCAGUGCCGGGGGACCUGGUGCUGAGGGGAGCGACGGCAGAGCCCCUGUCCGAGUCAGAGGUUGCUGAUUACUCCAUCCACGACGUAGUGAUGCCUCUGCCUGGCUUCGAUGUCAUUUACCCCACACACACGAUUGGGGACGGCUACAAAGAGAUGAUGGAGGCAGAUGGCCUGGACAUCAACAACAUGAGGCACAAGAUCCGCGACUACUCCCUCUCCGGAGCGUACCGCAAAAUCAUCACCCGCCCGCAGGAAGUCAGCUGGGAGGUGAUCUCAUACGAUGAUCUCAAGAUCCCGCUGGUCCACACUGACAUUGAGAAGCUGGAAGGGAAGCUGCCGCCUGUGUAUCCUAAAGAAGGGCAGUACCGCGCGCUGCGGAUGGAGUUCUCCCUGCCCCCCUCCUGCUACGCCACCAUGGCGAUCCGCGAGGUGCUGAAGAUGGACACGAGCAUCAAGAACCAGACGCAGCUCAACACUGUGUGGCUGCGCUGAGGCUGGCUGCGGGCAGGGCGCCGGACACUCUGUGUGUGUGUGUGUGUGUGUGUGUGCGUGUGUGCGUGCGUGCGCAGGGGUGGAAAUGACACCUACUGCAGAGCAGUCUGAUCCAUUCCUGGUUUUACUAUGAGUUCAAUAAGACACACCUGAGCUUGUUACCUACUGUAUACACAGCGGCUAAUCAAGCUUGUAAUAAAACUUGGCAUGGGUGAAAUUCCUGUGCAAUAGGAGUCUUAACUCUAUCCCUUGUGUGUGUGAGAGAGAGGCAGCAGUGAUGGAAACCCGCUUUGUCAUAAAGGGUGGGACUGUGCCAUUGUGUUAUUUGUCCCUGUUUGUUCAGAGUUCGGUCUGCAUCCCGUCUAUAACGUGCAGGCAGGGUAACUGCACAAUACUGUUGCACUGUGUGUGUGUGUGUGUGUGUGUGAGAGAGAGUGUUUUAGACUCUAGUUUUGUGAGCAUGGCAGAAUGGCUGACACACUCUUCGGUAAUGUGGGGUGGGGAGGCUGGGGGUGGGUGUGUGUGUGUGUGUGUGUUUGUUUUUUGCUGACAUGGUCCUCUGUGUGUGUGUUUGUGAUGUGGAUGCUGUCCUGACCUUGCAGAGCUCAGAGCUGCCUGGUGCAUUGAGGGUGUGUGCCCUUGUACCUGAGCAGAGUCCAGACCAAGGCUGGAGCUCCAGUGAGCACAGGGCCUGCCACACAAGAGCAAGAGAAGAAAGCAGACUUUCCCAUGCUCUGUGAAGAACAGUCCCUGUAGCUGCUUCAGAACCACAGUGUAAUGUAAUGUAAUGUAUGAUGGCUCAUUUUGUCUUGCAAGAGAUUUUUAACGAGAAAAAAUAAUGAGAACAUACCUGUUUGAAUUUAAUUUUUAAUGAAGAGGUGUGUGGGAGUGUUCUAGAUGCUGAAGGGUUCUGUAUCUUGUGAUUUUGCUGCCUUGGCGCGAGUAUUCAGUGGAAGAAAGGGGCGGAUCAGAUCAUUACAGGCUCCUUGUCCACUGAGGGGCAUUUGGGUUGCAUUUAAUCUGUGUUCAGUCUCAAGGCUAGACAUGUGAAGCAGCAGCUGCAGCUCCCCAGAGCUACCUGUCGGGUGGCUUCACUGCUCUCACAGAAUCCAAACAUCUUAUGGAAAUUUAAAAAAAAACAUUAAAUACCAUGCAGAAGUUUCAUCCGAUUUGGGUGAGUGGUUCCCAAAGUUUCAUUAAACAGGAAUGAAUGCUGUAAGGUAUGGUGGCCUGCUUUCAAAGCAAGGAGAGCUAGUGGAAGCUCUUGUAACAACAGGCUCUUCAAAUGUGUGAGACCAGAGCUGUUGUGAUGCCCUCCUGAACUUGUUCUUGGGAAUCCACGCAAGUGGUUUCACUCGCGUGACAUGAGCACUUGUCUCUGAAGAUUAGUGUAAGAAUGUAACGGCUGCAGCCCGUUUCCAGGAUACAGAAACACCAGCACAAAGUAAACCUUGUUCUCUUUUCGAGGGUUUUUAAACUGUACUUGUUUCAUUUCAACUUGAUUUAGUGUAACUGCUCAUAUCUUGGCACAAUAAUUAAACUUCAGUUUGAAAGUGCAGUUACUGCUUUGUGUUCAA